AUGACACUCUCCCCUCCCCCUACCCCUACCCCGGCUGAAGGCCAGAGCGGCCAGUCUGCCCAAGCUCAUGCCCAGGAUUCUGACUGGGAUCGACUCUCCGACCUGUCUUCCGAUGGGUCUUUCGUAAGCAUCAACUUCGACGAUGCUUCUCUCCCCGGCAGCGACCACCGUGAUCCUCUUCGCUCUAUGAUGGAGGAUCUUAGCAUGGAUCCUAGCGAUCUCAACCCCAACCUCUCCUCGAGUGACCUGAUUGCCAUUUAUGAAAUGCGCAAGAACAUGGAGGUUGAGCAAAAGGUCCGCCGCUCCAAGAUGUGCGAGGCAGACAAGACCAAGUUUGAGAUCUGCAUGGCUGAGCGUCGUGGCGAGGAUGCCUCCGAGCUGACUGCCAAGUUGGAGCAGAUCAAGGCCACUCUCUCUACUGCAAAUGAACGCAUCCUUACCUUCGAGGUUAUGAUUGCUGCCGCUUCUGGUAAAGCUGGAGAUGAUGAAGACGCUGAAGACGACCUUGACGGGCCCGUUCAGACUGCCCUUGAAGGACAGGCUACAUCCAGCGAUUCCAAUUCUGCCGCUGGAGGCUCUCAGCAUGCUUCUGAAGAUGCCGACGUUGAAUCCGAGGCUACCUCCGCGGGUUCUGAGGACUCCUCCGAGUACGAGUUCAGCAUCACCACCAUCCAUUACCCUGUGUUGCUCGUUGAGACUCGUCGAAUCUUGAUCACAGUUCCCUUCUCGGUCAACAUCAGGCAGAUUGCCAAUGGCAUCUCCGGCGUUGGAGGAGUCAUCUCGUUCACCAUGCUGAACACAGCUGCCAGCCACACUGCAGUUGGCAACUUCUCAGCCAUGGCCGAGUUCCGAUAUGCUGAAGCUGCUCGAGCCUACCUGAUUUACUGCUCCCGCACUGGCCUUUGGUUCAAAGACUAUCGCGGUAUCCCCCAUGGUGUCGGUGUUCUCGCCAUCAACACUCUUUCCAACCCCCCUGUCGUACACGAUGAUAACCCUGACAACAUGCGUGGAGUCAUCAUUGAGGAGUUCCCCGAGAGUGCCGUUUGGCUCUUGAUGAAUGAGUUCGGCCUCCAAUUCUUUGUCCGUGUCCGUUUCGUGCACAAGAAGGUUGGCAAGAUUGGCAGACUCGAACUCGAGUUCUGCAACACCUUCGAGGCUGCUCGAUUCAAGAGACUCAUCGCUGGCCCCGCGUACAGAUGCCUCCUUUCCAUGGACAAUGUCAAGUUUGCCAUGACCCGAUCCGAUCGCGUCGUCCAUGAAAUCAACCGUACCGUCGAAAGCGUUAUCGACUACAUUCCUGCCGACCAUCUCGAGAUUGACUGGAACAUCGCCCCCUACAACACCUUCGUGCGAACUAGCAACCAUCGCCAUGGUAGCACUAUCCGCCGUCGCCCUGUCCCCUCCAACGCAAGUGUUGUCUCCAUCCAGGCUGACCCUUCUGACUCCAUCGUUCUUGAUGAUUCCCCUGCCAUCGUCGUUCAGAACGAUGCUUCGCGUCCUGUCUUCCGUGUCCCCGAAAGCCGAGUUGCUAUCAACCACAUGAUGGGCGACACCAAGUACGCUAUUGUUGACGGCAAGAUCUAUGCCCUUGGAUCUGACGAUGGUGGUGUCUACAAGUACGUCUCCGGUGCUAAACUCCUUGAACUGAAGGAGACCACUGUCCAUCUGACCCACUGGGCCACGUUCUGGGACAUUUACUGUAAGGUGAACAACAUCAACAACCUUCGUCGUUACUUUGAAUACAGUCGAUACGCCGCCAUCCGACGUGCGGUCAACAAGGACAUGGGUCUCGAUGAAGGCGACGCCCGCACCGAUCUGGCCGACAGCCCCAUCCCGGAUGUUAUUAUGAACUACAUCAAUCCUAGCAACAGCAAUGUGGUUCACACCAACAACCAGUAG